GAAGCGUUGCUGUGACAUUGGUAUUGUAACCAUAAGGAACUCGUUUCUCAACUCGUCCGCUUACUCCCACACGGCAGAGACCCUCCGCAAAGAUCGUAGGGGUCGCAGUAUGACGCGCAAGUCGUGAUCAACACAGUCGCGGGCUGGUAGUAAGAUCUCGACCAAUACACCUGAUGAACCGCCUAUGCGCUGCUCUGCGCGAUGUUGAGCUCCUUCGUCCAGAAGUUCAUCGAACAGUCUCCCCUCUCCUCCAACAAUGAUAACCGUCCCUCAAAGGCCGCACUCUUCCAAGAACAAUUCAGACUACCGGCGGGUCAGCACCCCUUACACGAAAUCACUGCCGAACUAUUCCUCCCACUCCCUUCCUCUCCAGCCGGCGGUCCCGUUACAUCCGGGGAGAAGUCUAGAGACAAUGGCAACAAGUACAUGGGAGAGUUACACCUGAGUGAACACUUUCUCUGCUUCUCGACUAUACGUACCAGUUUCCUCCCUACCGCGAGUCACUCUUCAUCUACCUCAUUCACGGGCCCUACUCAAGGUGCCGGGCCUGGGGGCCAUGGCUUCACCCUCCCACUUUCCUCUAUACGAAGGGUCGAGAGGUUGAACAGUCAACAGGACAGAUUUUGUCUUGCCCUCACCACUUUCGAGUCUGUACAGAAGCCCUUGACCGAAAAGCCCAAAGCACCCUUACCGCCUCCACGAAAGCUCAUUAUCACCCUUGACGGCAGUCGGACCGCCUGCGAAAGCUUCUGUGAUGGCCUGAAGAAGGGACUAAGAGAGGGCAUGAAAGAAGCCGACAUUCUUCGGAACGUAGUAGCACAAUCCUACUCCGAGUAUCUCCUGGACCCUGUUCGCAUCAAGGCCAAAGAGGACGGUAUCCAGGGACCAGAUCCGCCGGACACCGGGCUAGGCAUACUGUUCAGAUAUCCAGGAGACGCCAGGAAACUGAGAGACAGGAGCAAGAUCAGACUGUGGGGCGAGUACAUGCGAGAGAACGGCCGCAACGCUACUAUCGUUCGCCAACCGACCUUUCACAAACUCAUCCGCGUUGGAUUGCCCAAUCGAUUGAGAGGCGAGAUCUGGGAGAUCUCCUCUGGCUCAUUCUAUACGAGACUAAGAAAUCCAAAUCUCUACGAAAAGACUCUGACCAAAUUCGUCGGGCAAGAAUCCUUGGCCAUCGAUGAAAUCGAGAAAGACUUGAACCGCAGCCUCCCAGAGUAUCCUGGCUUCCAGAGCGAAGAAGGCAUCGGCCGGCUACGGCGAGUACUUACAGCCUACAGUUGGACUAACGAGGAAGUCGGCUAUUGCCAGGCCAUGAACAUAGUUGUGGCCGCUCUACUCAUCUACCAGUCAGAAACUCAGGCGUUCUUCACCCUCGGCACUCUUUGCGACAGGCUCCUUCCUGGAUACUACUCCAAAGACAUGUAUGGCACCUUGCUUGAUCAGCGAGUCUUCGAAAAUCUCGUAGAACGAACCAUGCCUAUCCUUUGGGAACAUCUGGUGAAGUCGGACGUCAACCUCUCCGUUGUGUCACUGCCGUGGUUCCUGUCUCUCUACGUGAACUCCAUGCCACUUGUAUUUGCAUUCCGAGUGCUGGAUGUUUUCUUCUUGGAGGGACCAAAAGUCUUAUUCCAGAUCGGCUUAGCGAUCCUCCGUAUCAACGGAGAAGAACUACUUGAUGUUGCCGAUGAUGGCUCCUUCAUCUCCAUACUCAAAAACUACUUCUCGCGACUGGACGAGUCAGCUCAUCCUCAUUCGGAGAACGAGAAAUUGAGAGCUAUCACAAAAUUUCAGGAGUUGAUGGUAACGGCCUUCAAGGAGUUUGCCGCCAUCACGCACGGUAGUGUUGAAGAGCUCCGAGAAAAACAUAUUGAUAGUGUCAAGGAAGGCCUUGCCACUUUCGCCAAACGCACAUCGAUACGGAACUUGGGACCAGAAAGUAAGAAGUUGAGCACCGAAGACCUCAGUGCCAUCUAUGAUCGCUUCUUCGGUGUGUUGUCCGAGCGACAUGAACGUGCUCAAGCACGAGAGGAAGAAAGAAGAAAACAGGAGCAGCAGAAAGUUCGUCCUGGCUUACGGUUGCACCACUCCUCAUACAAUCAAGAUGAACCUGGUCGCAAUGCUGGACCGGCGCAGACGAUGAACUACGAUGCAUUUAGAGAAUUCCUCGCGAACACCGCCAAAUGGGCUAUCAGCGAUUCGCCGACGUCACCGUCAAAAGAGAUUGCCAACCCCAACAUGAGUCAAAGGAAACGGGGCAAGACUCUUACGCAAUGGGGUUCUGGGCCCGAACCAGCAGAUCACGAUUUCAUGCAACGACUGUAUGGUAAAUGGGACGGGUCUCACCAAGGGGAGAUGACUCUACAGCAAUUAGUCCGUGGGCUGGCCCAAUUCAAGGGUACCACAGAUAUCAUGAACUCGAUGAGCCUGUUCUUUGAUCUUUUCGAUGACGACGCUACGGGUAAAGUGGACCGCGAAGGUAUCUUGCGGAUGUCGGAGUCUCUACUGUUCCUUUCAAGACGGGGGUUUGACGGAGCAAUCGUACCUGCCGAAACUAACGACUUGACUUCUCCGUUGUCACCAGCAGAGUCGAAGGAGGCGAUACGGCAAAGUGCCAACGAAAAGUUUCUGGGCAGUGUGAGUGCCUUUAUUCGCAGGUGUUUUGAAUAUGCGGAUCCGGACGAGGCGGUAAACGAGGCUGAGGCCAGGCUGGAGGCUACAACAAUCACUCCGGCCACGGAAAGAAAUCUGCUGGACCUCACAGAGUCAGAACCGCAUCACAAGACCGCCACAUCGCCAGAGGCAACGGAGAAAGAUCCCUUGUCAGACAUGACGCCUCCGGGUACCCCCUCGAUGCUAGGCGGACCCCAAGGUGGCCGCAAAACAUCAGCUACUCGAGCUGCGUCUCACAAUCUUGCCUUGGACCCUAACAAACCCCUACACAUCACCCUUCCUACGUUCCGGAUGGUCAUUCUCGCGGACGAGCUGCUGGAGCAAUUCUUCGAAACCUUCUUUCCUCAAUCCUUCCGCCUCAGCGACUCACCCAACGCCAGCAGCGCUUCAUUGGCGUCGACUACACUGUCCGGCAACCUCACGACGUUCAGUAAUCUUGGCACGCCAGUGAAGAAUUUGAUAAACGGGGCACAGAGCAACAAGACGGUCAUCGAUGUCGGGCAGGCCGGAGGAGUAGUGGAACCGGGCUCACGUGGCCUUCGCGGUGUGCUGGACAAUAUUGUCAAUGAUGGCAUGCGGAUGGCCGCGGAGAUGCGUAAGAGGAUGGACGAGGCGCAGAAGGAGUUUGAGCGAAAUGCGCGUGAUCAGGGUGGUCAGCCAAGGCCGUAUCGGGACGAUGACGAUGAAGAUGAACAGGACGAGGGCACGGAGUUGGGCAAGAGUGAUCAGGAGCUGCUUGAGGGUGCUGAGGUCGCUAGUAUUAGGACUCUGGGCAGUGAUGGAGGUGUGAGGAGUCGGGCGCAGACACAGAGCUCGUUGAGUCCGUCGGUGGCGGAACACGGCGUGAGUAUCUUGGAUGUAGAUGAUGUGUCGAAGUAGAUCUCUGACGAAGGGCAAUUGAAAUGAACGAUAUUGACAGGACAGCGCUGGGAUGUAGAUUCUCUACUGGUAUGUAUUCAUUUCUAUUCAUGAGAUGUGAAUACGGCAAAGAAAAGGACAA